AUGUUCAGUCUCAUCACGUACGACAACGAGCACCAUGGCAUUGCCCUAGCAGCGAUCCCUGACACCGGACCCAAGAUCCCCAGCAUUGCGGGACCACACCAUCGCAAGGCCAAGAAUAUCUUACCUGUGUGGUCGGUCAACCAGGGUCUGAUCACAUCCAUCUACUACAAGGACCCGGAUGGGAACCUGUUGGAGACACAAGUCCACAACUUCGACAUUAACAAAGAGGCGAUGGAGAUUCUGAAGGUCAAUGUAUUCAUGAAAAACCCCUUCGGCAUCGAUUUCGACCCUGAAUAUUUGACCAUGAAACUCAAAAGUGGCGACGAGUCUCAUGUCGACGUGAAGAAAGAAGUCGAGGUCGCCACUAGGAUGUCGCCACCAAGUUUUUAUUGA